ACUAAUUAUGUAAAACAAACUUAUAAAUCAACAUAGAAUUUAAAUAUUUUGGGCUCUCCUGCAACCCCCUUUGGUCCAACGGAGCCCGUCAUUGAGAAAUAAUACAGCCACACAACAGGUUCGCGAACAUCCCAGAGGAAAACAUCAACGACAGGCCCCGAAACAGGCAAGGAAUGGCCGUAACUAUAAAUACCACAUGUUUCGUGCAUGCAAAGCAACAUUCCUUUUCUGCUUUGCUGAGUCGCUCUAUCGACAGACCCUUCCCCCCAGAUGGCUCCGCCAAUAGCUACGGUCUCUGCUCCGGGCUGCCCCAAGCUCGCCGCUCCUUCACCACUUCUGGCCCCCACCCUCUUCUCAGCCUCUGCCGCUCUUCGCUCGCUAUGUCAAUGUCUUAAGGAUUUGAUUCUAAAGCGAUUCAGCAGUAUCCAACUAGGAUACAAGCCCUUAAAUGUCGCAUGCAAGUCAAGUUCGCAGGCCAAUCUUUUAUUGUCAAGCAACAUUUGUGCACGGGGUUUCUUGUCUUCUACAGGAACACAGUAUAACCACCUUAUCGCCUUAUCAUCACGAUUUUUAGGUGAAGAUGAAGGUGACUUGCGGCAUAUAAACCACUUCUUAGCUAGACAACGAAGAUCACGUUCUUCACCAAGGGCAUACAAGGAUGAUAUAUUCAAAUUUAACUAACUUGUGAUAAUCGAGAAGCCAAAAUGGUGGUGAAGGACUUUGGCAUGUGUCCCUUAUUUAAUAGCUUUGUAGAUUUCUGACACGGGAUAUUUUGUUCAACCUUUGGUAAAACAUUUUGAGAUUUUUGAAAGUUUGGCUUAUUUUGUCCCAAUAGCUAUCAAGAGAUUACCUCCAUGGUUCUCAAUGAUACACUGCUACAUUGGUUAUAUUGGAAUUGUGAAAAAUAAAGAUUGGCCUCACUUUUUCAAGUUCCAUUUGAUGAUGGGCAUGUUAUUGGAGGCUGCCUUGCGGUUAAUAUGGUAUACAAGCAAUUUUUUUCCACUCAUACACUACAACGACAAGUUUGGGAUGCAUUUCAGGGUUGGCAUUGGAUUCUUCUACAUCUUCACCUUGUUAGUAUGUGUUAGAAGUGCUCUUGGUGGCAAGUAUGCUCACAUCCCUGUUGUUAGUGAUGCUACAUAUAUUCACACACUGUUUAAUAUAAGAAGUUUUCUAAGGCCGUUUUAG